AUGAGCGGCUCGUUUGGUUUUAACGCGUACGACGACUUUCUGCAGACGCAGCCCGCACAGUCGCAGUCUACGUCGAGCUUCCCUCUAACACAAGCAUCACAAUCGCAGUAUGCUUUUGUAGACCCAUCCGACAUUGGCAGCACUGCGGAUUCGUUCUACGAUCAAUACCAAGCGCCCGUUGGAAGUGGAACGUCCUUUUUCGACCAAUCAAGACCCGUUGACGGCGUCUCGAAUACUUUCCAGACAGAUGAGGAUGCGCUAGACUAUACGGCUCGUGAGCUGCCCAAGCAUGCGUGUGCCUAUUGCGGAUUGCACGAUCCAGCUUCUGUUGUCAAGUGUGUCAUGACUGAAAAGUGGUUUUGCAACUCGAGAGGCAAUACAAGUGGCUCACAUAUUAUACAACAUUUGGUCCGUAGCAAGAAUAAGGAAGUGUCGCUACACCCUGAUUCGCCAUUGGGUGAAACCGUGCUUGAAUGCUACAAUUGUGGCUGCCGUAAUGCGUUUCUAUUGGGAUUUAUCCCUGCCAAACAAGAUUCGGUGGUCGUGCUGCUUUGUCGAGACCCAUGUUUGCAGAUGAAUGCACUGAAGGACAUGAGCUGGGAUAUGUCGCAAUGGCUGCCAAUUAUUGAAGACCGAAGCUUUUUACCAUGGUUAGUUAAGGUCCCAUCAGAACAUGAGCAGCUCCGUGCGCGGCAGAUUACGUCGAGCCAAAUUGCUAAGCUGGAGGAAUUGUGGCGAGACAAUCCACUGGCAACGGUUGAAGAUCUGGACCGUCCAGGUAUCGAUGAUGAACCCGUUAAAGUGACACCUAUUUAUGAUGAUGGGUAUCAGUAUCAAAAUAUUUUUGGGCCUUUGGUCAAGAUGGAAUCAGAUUACGAUAAAAAGAUGAAAGAAUCGCAGACGCAGGAAGGAGUGAUGGUUCGGUGGGAUACGGGACUGAAUAAAAAGCGUAAUGCAAUUUUUACUUGUUCACGACCUGAUUCAGACUUACGUCUUGUGCCUGGAGAUGAGAUUCGACUACGUUUAGGACCAAGUGCAAGCAUGUUGUAUGGAAAAGAUUGGGAAGGCACGGGUCAUGUCCUGAGACUCGAGGAAUCUGAAGUGGCGCUAGAGAUGCGAAGCAAUAAUGUACCCGUUGAGAUUACGGAUGGAUACUUAGUGGACUUUGUGUGGAAAUCCACGUCAUUUGACCGUAUGCAAGCAGCUAUGAAAACGUUUGCUGUGGACGAUACGUCACUAACGGGAUAUUUGUACCACAAGAUCUUAGGCCAUGAUGUUGGCGUCCAGCCUUUGCGUAUUCCACGCUCGGUAGGUACUCACUUUUCGGCGCCUGGACUUCCAGAGCUUAAUACUUCGCAAAUGGAAGCAGUCAAAGGGGUACUAGAACAACCUUUAAGUCUAAUUCAAGGACCUCCUGGUACAGGCAAGACGGUAACCUCUGCGUCAAUCGUGUACCACAUGUCGAAACAAAAUAUGGGACAAGUACUGGUAACAGCACCAAGUAACAUCGCAGUGGAUCACUUGACCAUGAAAAUUAGUGCCACAGGACUUCGUGUCGUGCGCCUUGCUGCCAAGAGUCGUGAGGCUGUGGCUUCGUCAGUUGAGCACUUGUCGCUUCAUGCAAUGAUCAAGUCGCUGGAUUCUCCGGACAAAGCGGAUCUACGCAAGCUUAUGCAAUUGAAGGAUGACCAGGGUGAAUUGUCGUCUCAAGAUGAGAAGCGAUUUAAGUCACUGAAGCGACAAGCUGAACGGGAAAUAUUGCAAGCGGCAGACGUUAUUUGUACAACGUGUGUGGGGGCAGGUGAGCCCCGGUUGUCAAAUUUCCGGUUCCGCCAAGUGUUGAUUGAUGAAGCCACUCAAGCUACGGAGCCCGAGUGUUUAAUUCCAAUUGUGCAAGGUGCGAAGCAUGUGGUGAUGGUUGGCGAUCAUUGUCAAUUGGGACCAGUUGUCAUGAACAAGAAAGCAGCGAAAGCCGGUUUGAAUCAGUCACUCUUUGAUCGUCUAUUAAAAAUUGACUUGAAACAUCGUCCAUUCCGUCUGCGUGUCCAGUACCGUAUGCACCCGUUUUUGUCGGAAUUUCCUUCGAAUGAAUUUUACGAAGGUGACUUACAGAAUGGAGUGGCAGCAAGUGAACGCCAGCUUUCGAAUGUGGACUUUCCAUGGCCGAAUCCAAAUAAACCGACUUUCUUUUACAUUUGUCUUGGUGCAGAAGAAAUAAGUUCCUCAGGAACAAGUUACUUGAAUCGCACUGAAGCGAGUAACGUGGAGAAGAUUGUCACUACGUUUUUAAAGGCUGGAGUUUUGCCAUCUCAAAUUGGUGUGAUUACUCCUUACGAAGGCCAGCGUGCGUACGUUGUAAGCUAUAUGCAACGCAACGGACCCAUGCGCUCGCAACUCUAUAAGGAUGUCGAAGUCGCAAGUGUUGACUCAUUUCAAGGUCGUGAAAAGGAUUUAAUAAUUUUGUCGUGUGUGCGCUCGAACGAAAACCAAGGUAUUGGUUUCUUAAGUGAUGAGCGCCGUUUGAAUGUGGCGCUUACACGUGCUAAGUACGGCGUCAUCAUUCUGGGCAAUCCACGUGUGCUAGCGAAGCAGUCCCUUUGGAACAAGUUAUUGAACCACUAUCGUGACAAUCAAUUGAUUAUGGAAGGCCCUUUGAACAAUUUGACGCCAUCUCACAUGCAGUUCCCCCCGCCAAGAAACUCUGGGCGCAGUGCUAACCGUGAUGGCAAUGCUUUUAAUCGUCAACGUGGAGCUGUCCCUCCUUUGGACUCGCGCUUUGACCCACGCUAUGAUCAAGCAGGACUUCCACCAUUUGGAUCAUUUGUAGCUGGUGGUCUUCCUCCCCCUAUACCACAACGUGGCACGCGUCGUGGACCAAGCAGCAACUAUCUCUCUGGAAGUCUGGGUCCACCAACUCAGGAUAUACCUAUUGAAAUGGAUGCUCCCUUCACGCAAAUGGCUCAGACACAGCCUUUCAGUCAAUUGUCAAAUGAUAAAUUCAUCAUGUCGCAGGAUGGCUUCAUGUAUGAUCACGACUUUAAGUCUCAAAACAUGCCAAUGUCGCAAGAUACCCACGGUCCGGGCAGCGACUAUUACUAA